AUGUCACUUAAAUUGCCUUCUGCCCCAAACGCAGGGCUUUUCAAGCAGGGCUACUCGCUGUAUUCCGCCUCUGAUGGUGCCAUCAUUAGAAACAUCGAGGCUGUGAGAGAAAUCAGCUCCAUCGUCCUUACCUCGAUGGGUCCCUCUGGAAGAAAUAAGAUCCUUGUUAACAAACACGACAAAACUUUCAUCACAAACGACGCAGCUACUAUCAUUAAUGAAUUGGAAAUUGUUCAUCCUGCUGUCAAACUCUUGAUCCAGGCUUCUAAGCAGCAGGAGUUCGAGAUGGGUGACAACACCAACUUGGUUAUUGUAUUGGGUGGAGAAUUGCUUAAUAUCGCUGAAAAGUUGAUCAGUCUUGGUCUUAGUGUCCCAGAAAUUAUCCAAGGUUACAACAUGGCAAACAAAUUCUUGCAAGAGACCUUGGAAAAGCUUGUGGUUGGCCAUGUGGAGAACAUCACUGAGCCAAAGGAGCUUUUGAAGGUCAUCAAACCAGUCAUCGCCGCUAAGCAGUUUGGCCUCGAGGAAUCCAUUUCAAACCUUGUGGUUGAGGCUGUGAGGAUGAUCAUCAACCCUAAGAAGCCUCAGGCUUUCAACAUUGACAACGUCAGAGUCGUGAAAAUUAUGGGUUCUUCCUUGUCCAACUCUGAGGUCGUCAAGGGUAUGGUUUUCCCAAGAGAGCCAGAGGGACAUGUCAAGAACGUCAACACUAAGUCAAAGGUCGUUGUUUUCACGUGUCCUAUUGACAUUUCCACCACUGAGACCAAGGGUACCGUGUUGCUUCAUGAUGCUCAGGAGAUGUUGGACUUCUCCAAGGGUGAAGAACAGCAAUUGGACCAGAUGUGUAAGGAGAUUUCUGACUCUGGUGUCCGUGUUGUUGUGGCCGGCUCUUCUAUUGGUGAGUUGGCUCUUCACUACUUCAACAAGUACGAUAUCUUGGUGUUGAAGGUUCCAUCUAAAUUCGACAUCCGUCGUGUUUCCCAGGUCUGUGGUGCUACUCCAUUGCCAAGACUUGGUGCUCCUAUGCCAGAGGAGAUGGGAUCUAUUGACAUCAUCGAAACUAAAGAAAUCGGUGGUGACAGAGUUACCAUCUUCAGACAAAACGACGACUCCAUCUCCAGAACUUCCACAAUCAUCCUCAGAGGUGCUACGCAAAAUAACUUGGACGACAUUGAGAGAGCUAUUGACGAUGGUGUCAACGCUAUCAAGGGUUUGGUCCAGGACAAUGCUCUUUUACCAGGAGCUGGUGCUGUUGAGAUUGAGCUUGUCAAGUUGAUCACCCAAUACGGUGAGAAGACUCCAGGUUUGAUGCAGCUAGCGAUCAAGCAUUUCGCUAAGGCUUUCGAGGUUGUCCCAAGAGUUUUGGCCGAGACUUCCGGCUUUGAUUCUACAGAAGUGUUGAGUGCAUUGCAUGCCGCUCACUCUACUGAAGGUAACUUGAGUAAGGGUAUUGACGUCGAGAACAACAGCGACGAUGGUUUGUUGGACAUUAAGGAACACGACAUAUACGAUCUUUUGUCCACGAAGAGAUCUGCCAUCACCUUCGCUACUGAGGCUGCCAAUACUAUAUUAUCGAUUGACCAGAUCAUCAUGGCUAAGAGAGCAGGUGGCCCACAGGUUCCUCAGCAGCGCAGACCUGGUAACUGGGAUCAGGAUGACUAG